GCUGCAUCCUAGUGUGCUCUAGCUGUCCAACCGAGAGCAGAUACUUUAAAGAGAAAGGAGGAGAAAUCUGUAAUUAGAGACAUGUAUCUUACUCUCUAUUCUCCUCUUCAAUCAGUCUUGAAACCCUAGCGGCUGUUUCUUUCCAAGGUUCAGGUAAGUUUUGCUAGGAAACAAUGGCGCCUCCAGCUAAAGUAGGUACAAAGAAGGGCGACCCAAAAGCUCAGGCUGUGAAGGCUGCAAAGGCAGUAAAAUCUGGUGCGUCAACCUUGAAAAAGAAGAUUAAGAAGAUCAGGACAUCAGUCACAUUCCAUCGCCCAAAGACUUUGAAGAAGGAAAGGAACCCUAAGUAUCCUCGCAUCAGUGCACCUCCAAGGAACAAGCUCGACCACUACCAGAUUCUUAAGUACCCACUUACAACAGAGUCUGCAAUGAAGAAGAUCGAGGACAACAACACCUUGGUUUUCAUUGUUGAUAUUCGUGCAGACAAGAAGAAAGUAAAGGCUGCAGUUAAGAAGAUGUACGAUAUUCAAACCAAGAAAGUGAAUACCUUGAUCAGGCCUGAUGGAACCAAGAAGGCUUAUGUUAGGUUGACUCCAGAUUAUGAUGCAUUGGAUGUGGCUAACAAGAUUGGUAUUAUCUAGAUGCAAAGCAGGUUUUUGGAUUCAAGGAAACUUUACUAAGGGAAACUUUUUACUGAAGUGCCUACUAAGGUUGUGUUUUGUUUAGCGAGUUAUAGUAGAGAGAUAGAACAACAAAUUUCAGUUGACAAUUUCCAUCAGCUUUUUUUUUCUUAUUGGUCUAUUUAAUUUCAACGAUUCAGUUCAUUUUGGGAUAUUCCUUUUUUGCAAUCUUUGAGUAAUCAGUUCUCAUGGCA